AUGAAAAAGCAACCCAAAAGGAAACAGUCCAGCUCACAAGCAGAUUUGUCCACCAACAGCAAGGAGAAGAAAGGCAAAGCUGCAGCUGCUACUGUUUGCAAAGGGGACUUGUCAGAUGAUGACCUGGAGUUGGUGGAGAAUGCUUUGGAGUUACCUAUUGGUGUUUCCAAGGCAGGAAAUAAAACCAAAAAGAAACCAGCAGCUGCAAAAGCUGUUGCCAAGAAGAAACCAGAGAAGAAGAAAAGCAAACAAAGUGAAGCUGGUGAGAAAGGAAAGAAGGAUUCAAAGAAGGGUAGCCCAACCAAGAAGGGCAACAAAGACAAGGGAGGUUACACAGAUGUACAGAUUUCACCUGGCCAAGAAAAGGAGCUCUUUCCAGAAGGUCCUUCUGAACAAACUGUUUUGGUGACACCCACUGAAAGGGCUUGCUCUCCAACUUGUGGUGGCACCACUCAUGGCUCACCAACCAGCCCCACUUCAGAAGCUCCAACAGCAGUGGGUGAACUGGCAGAGGGAACUUGGCAAAUGGCAAAAAGGGUCAGAGAAUUAGCUGCAGCUGAAACUGGGCAAGGUAGGCCAGCACCAGGUUGGAGACUGCUCCCUGCCAUGGACCUCAGCAGCUCCACUGAGGAAGAAAAAGCAGCCAGUUUGCAACACAUUGGCAGCUGCCAUGGAAAAGGACCUGGGAAAAGUAAACAAGACUGGUUUGAGAUGGAGCAAUACAUGUCCAUGAUGGAGGAAGAAGGAGGUUUCAUGCCCAGUGAAGGCUCCAGCUCCACUGAGAGGCCAGCAGCCCACAAAGCGGCUGCUACAGAAACAACAGUUUUGGCAAUUGCAGAUACAGAAGUGAUGGAGAACAAUGAGGAUGACAAACAAGAAGAGGACAAUGGUAUACAGGAGGAACAUGGGGAGGAAGAAAAUGAAACAAAAGCAGGAGAAGAGGAAGAGAAGGAGAAUGAGGAUGGAACAACAAAGCCAAAGACAGCCAAAACAAACAAACAGAAUAAGUUAUACACCAAGCCCAAGGCAAAGGCUAGUGGGAAAACACCCAAGAAAAAUAUGAAAAGGCCAGCAAGCAAAGGCCAAGAUGAUGAUGAUGAAAAGAAGAAAGAAACUUUGGCUGCCAAAUGUGAAAAGUGGCAGCACCUUGGACAGCAAGGAAAAAGAAGGUUUGCAGAGGAUGAGGAAGAGGAAGGAGAAGAUGAUGAUCAAGACAACACAGAAGAGAAGAGGCACAGAGGCAAAGCAAGGAAAUUUAAGAAGAUUGCAGAUUCAGGUGCCAUCCCAGACCAUAUCAUGCAGAUAUUUGAGAAAGAAGCUUCGAAGCACCCCAAACCAAGGAAGUUCAAGUCUGACCUUAUUAACAAAUUAUUCAAAGAAGAUGGCAAUGGUGGCUACACUAUGUGUGCAGAUGACCCUUGGUUCCAGCAACAGAAGGAAAUGCUUCAUAAGAAGUAUGGCAGAGAUGAGCACCAGGGAACACCAAGAGAUGUCUUUGCCUACCAGGUUUUCCAUGGUAAUUUUGACGCUUUGGAUGCAGCCAUUCAGAGAGGCUCAGUUCAACAGUGGGACCAAGAUGGGGUGGAAUUCUGUGGGUACAGAAAAACAAAAGCAGGAGUUGCAAAUGAAAAGCAGGAAGCUACCAAGUUUGGUGGAAAACAAGUGCAGCUCAAAGGCAGCCAGUACCAGGCACUCAACAAGGCAUUCAAAAGUAUGUCUUGGAAUUUCUCCGACCCUCAGCAGAACACAUUGCCACUUGGAAAUGGUGGUGCCAAUUCUUCUGGAUCAGGGAAGAGCAAGCCUAUUGAAAAUGCAGGUUUGACCAAAGAAAUGAUGGAGACAUUGGCAGAAGCAAAGAAUGCACAUGAGAAGCUGCAUUCUACAGCAAUGAAGUUGCUCCACAAGUGUUCCUGCCUGGAUGACAAGAAAGAAUUCAAGGCAACAGUCAUUGCUUUGAAAGAUUGGUCUUUGAAGAAUGACAGCAUUCUCACUUGGCAGGAGCUCCCAGAUGAACAAGCUCUGACACCUACAAAUUUUGGAGUCUUUAUGACUGAGCAGGCAGUAGCAACCAAGAAAUUGAACGAAGAAGUGGAAAAAUUCAAGGAGGUGCAAGACUUGGCCAUGAAAUGCAAACAUGAUUUUCAAAAUGCUGGUGCUGCUCCCCCACACGACAUUGUUUUCCUUUCUUCCAUGGGAACUUCAGGUGCUCAUAAGCAAAACAUGCACAAGGCUUUGCUGGGCUUUGCAAACAAAGGACUGUCAGCUGUGGCAGUCUCCUAUGAUUUCAUGCAUUCAAAAUAUUUGGGAACAGACAUGGUGCUUCAAUGCCGGCUGAUGCCCUUCGUGGGAUCCGCGGAUCUCAGGGGAAACAGCAGCCAUUACUGGGCCUUCUUACAGUUCAUGUCGAUUGGUCGAGUUCAACGAGGAGGCAUCGUGGAACUCCGGCCUCAGGUCCUUUGCAAAGUCUACCUGCGCACGUGGUUUCCUGUGGAUUUUCUGAUCAUUUCCAUUGAUAUUGCAGUGAUACUGAUGGAAGCAUUUGUCGAUCGUUCUGUUGGCGGUGCUUUGCGCUCCAUGCGCUUCUUGCGGUCCUUACGUGCCCUACGCUUGAUCCGUCUUCUACGUGUGGCAAAGCUCCAACGUGAGUUGUCGUUGUUGGCAAAUCGCUUUCUCUCAACCUAUGUCUUCAUGGUCAUGAGAAUCGUGGCCGCCCUGAUGGUCAUGCUGUCCAUCAACCAUAUCAUCGCUUGCUGUUGGUUUUCAGUGGGUGCCAGGGGGGCACAGAACAGUUGGAUCGAGAAUUUCAACUUGCAAGAGGCAGGAAUCUUUGAAUCCUACAUCAUUUCGCUUCAUUGGAGCUUGACCCAGUUCACUCCUUCCACCAACAACAUAGCGCCGGCCAAUGAAGUGGAAAGGCUGUUUGCAGUCUUCGUGAUUCUGUUUGCCAUGGGUUGCUUCAGCAGCUUUGUUGGCUCCAUCACCGCCACGGUGAAUGCCUUGAGGAGUAUCCAAGCCACAAAGAUCAAACAGAACAACCAGGUGCUCUCCUUCUUUGCAGAACGGAGCGUCUCGCUGGAUCUCUACCGAAAAGUCCAGUACGUGAUCCGCACGGAGAAGCUGACGGACGACCCGGUGAUGGAGCGCGAUGUGGCGCUGUUGAAGCUGCUGCCCCAACGCUUCAGGAAGCAACUGCACGAAGAGAUGUACCUGGGAAUCCUGAUGAACCUCAAGUUCUGGCCAAGUGGUGUUAAAACACGCGAGGGCAUUUUCUUGACGGAGGUGUGCCACCUGGCCAUGGAAGAGGAAGUGGUGCGGAAGUUUCAGGAUGUCUUCUUGCCAGGCACCGAGUGUCAGCACGCAUACCUCAUUGAACAAGGAUCAUCCAUGUGCUAUACUUGCGGCCCCUUGCAGGAUCUGACAGUCUCUGAUGACGAUUCCUUGUGUCUCAUCUCUCUCUGGGCUGAGUGGCAACACCACGGGCGACUCGCAUCCAAACUUGGCACCAGCCGCUAUGUCACUUUGGACAGUGAGAAGUUCGCCGAUCUCGCAUUGCGUUGGGCGGGACCCUUCUACCGCUACUUGCAGAUCUUUGGCGUCUUGCUCACUGGAGCUGUGGAGAAUCGUUCCCAGGAGGUUGGAGAUGAUCUCACGGUAACGGAUAUGGCCUUGAACAAGGAGGAAGUGCUGGCACUGUCGUUGAGGGCUCAAAGCUUUGAUAACAUCCUGAGGAAGCACCACACUUAUCAUCACUCAGAAGUUGCAGAAACGUCAGCGGGCUUCAGUGGAACCUUUGUGCGGCUGCGCUCAAGCAUCGCAAAGGCAGCGCCAAGGGGUAUUCGAUAA